AUGUGGGACAAUACAGAAGAUGAUCUGCAAGCAGGCAAGACAAAAAUACUGGCUCUUAGUAAAAGUCAUGAACUGUUUGUCUAUGAAUUCACCAUAGAAGAUGGAAAAUACAACCCGAUUUCCCUGCACUGUUUUAAGGAAGAUACACUUAAAAAGCUCCUUGAAGUUAAAAACAUUAGUCUGUCUUCAAUUUUCUCUUUGAGGAUACUGUCUUUUGAAAACAACAAAUGCAUACUUCUGCUCAACAAGUUUAUUGUUGUGCAUCUUACCUUUCCUGGAAGAGACUCAUCCAUAGAGACAUGUGACUGCCUUACCCUUGAUAUGCCUCCGCAAGUUUUGGAAAGAAUAACAGAUACACACUUCUGCAGGGGGAUUCUGUUUCUGUUAGAUAGUUCUGGCUGGAUUUACGUGUUUGACUCUUUGGAUGGUGCAAAUCUAGCAAACGUCAACAUAGCACUGUGCCAGGGAGACGUACAGGACGAGGACAGGAGUCCAGUCAUCCCAUCGCCACUCACUGCGGUGAAAGUGUCGCAUGAUCUCAGUGUUGCUGUGAUCGUCAGUUCUUCCAACGACGCCAUCUCUCUGGAUCUAAACAUGUACUUCAGACGGUUCCCUGGGCAUUUGCUCUGUAAGAGAGAUUCUGAAAAUCUUCCGGUGAAGCCUCCUGAAAGACUUGAUGAGGAUGACCUUGCUAGUUCUGACUAUAGCAUGGAGCUUUUGUCAUUGCCUUUCCGCACAGACAGGUCCUGGACGGCACACUUAUCCUCACUAUCUGAUACAGUAAGGAGAAGAGGACCAGGUUCUCUGAAUUUGGUGAAUGAUUUGAAUUUACCUUGGUAUCAGUUUUUUACCCAUCUUGAAGAUCAUGAUCCUGAAAUCUAUGAAAAUUCUGAGAGGAUGGUGGCAUUUGUUCCACGGGCUGUUACGUGGGUUCCUUCCAAACCAGUGCAAAGCAAUGGUACAAACCUCAGUGAUGCAAGACAGCAAUGGAAACGAAUCCCCAGAGAAGCACCCCAAGAAGUGGUGAAACUGGAGUGUAAAUUGGUAACUGGAGUUAAAGCACUGUUUGUAGUAAUAACAGAUGUCAAAGGAUUGAUUCUUGCUCUCUGGGAUUUUGAGUCGCAAGAUGUGACGUAUCACCACUUUGGCAAAAACAGCGUUUAUGUGGAUUGCAGUGAAGAGGUGCCAUUAUGUCUGCUUCUGACAGAGCAUGGUCUCUCCUUAGUUCUCUUUGGUUUAACUCAAGAAGAGUUUUUGAAUAGAUUGAUGAUCUAUGGCAGCGCUGGAGUUGUAGAUUCUGUUUGUCAUCUCAAUGGAUGGGAACGAUGUUCAAUUCCCAUACACGCGCUAGAGGCAGGUUUGGAAAAUCGUCAACUGGACACGGUAGACUUAUUUUUAAAAAGCAAAGAAAGUCUUUUCAAUCUGUCUGCAACCUGCUGUGGACCUGAACAGGCUUCUGACAGUGCAUCCCAGGCUUACCUGAAAAAUUUGGAAGAGCUGAGACCAGCGUUAAACUUGCUUUGCUCAGCGAUCAAAGAAAAUGAUAUGGAGCCGCACAGUAAACACUUUUCUGAGCAGCUGCUAAACCUCACAUUGACUUUCCUUAGCAAGCAACUGGAAGAUGUUUUUGUGCACACAGAGGAACCUGAUGAAUUCCUGCAGAAGAGUGCAGAUAUUUUAACUGAUUACAUUAUAAGACUUAGAAAAUUUCUGAGAAAAUAUCCUCGACCGCAAGUAAAUACAGUAUACACAGGAAGUGAUCUUGAUGAAGACCUACCUGCACUGGAAGAAAGCCACACGUGGGAAAAACUGACACCAGAGGAAGUCAUUGCUGAUGCCAUCUUAAGCAACAAAAUGCCAGAGGCCCAGACCUUCUUCCGAAUGCAUCAGCAUCCUGCUCAGAAUCUUCAAGAGUUUAUUCAGAUAGGUUUGAAUCUGGUCUACGACCGUCUUCUGAAGAACAACACCAGAGAGGCCUCAGAACUUUUAAGAAAUAUGGGCUUUGAUGUGAAGGAGGAGUUGCAUAAGAUAUGUUUCUACACAGUUGAUAAACAUGUGCGAGAUUUGUUGGUGAAAGUUUUACAAGAAGAAAAUUAUUUUUCUGAAAAAGAGAAGAAAAUGAUAGACUUUGUGCAUCAGGUUGAAAGCUUUUACUCGGAAUCCUUCCAGGAAAAUAAAGAGAUUCAAUCUCUUGCCAGGUACUGGAGAAAAGAACAAGACUUUUCCAGACACACAGCUGUCUUGGACUCGGUGCUGCGUUGUGAUAGGCAUCGGGUUCACAGUAGGAGAGUCAGAGUGAUGUUUAACUGGGCUCAGUGGUGGGAUGAGCUUAUUCAGGAAAUGAUUCUUCUCCCCAGAAAACCACGCCAAGAGCUCCAGGGAUGUAAUCCUGAAGUUCUUUGGAUGCACCUGACAGCCCAGCAUGAUUGGCUUAAUAUUUGUUCAUGGAUUGAAGACUCCGAGCCCAACCAGACUUUGUGUGGAGAAGCUAACUGGCCCCCUCUUACUCCGGACGUUAUUGAUGGAAACAUGUUAUGUAGUCGCUAUAUGAGAAACGAUAUAUUAAACAAGCUGGCUAGAAAUGGAAUUUUUGUCUCUUCUGAGUUGGAAGAUUUUGAACUUCUGCUCCAAAGACUAUCUUACCUUGGGGGUGUACUGCAAAAUCCUCAUCCUGUUCCAAAAUACAGUGCUGCAAGUGGUUUGGACUUCCAUGCUCGUUUUGUCCUUCACUGUUUAGAACAUAAUUUGCAGUAUCUGUUAUACACUUACUUAGACUAUUACAGUUUAACUCCUUCAAAUUGUGCUAUUUUGGACAACAAGGAAUUGCAUGAAGCACAUCCCUGGUUUGAGUUCCUUGUUCAGUGUCGGGGGGUUGCCAGUAACCCACGAGAUCCAAAGAUGAUUUUUCAGGCUAGUCUAGCAAAUGCUCAGAUCUUGAUUCCUAGUAAUCAAGCCAGCGUGAGUAGCAUGCUACUGGAAGGACGUACACUAUUAGCACUUGCUACUACGAUGUAUGCACCUGGCGGUAUCGAUCAGGUUCUUCAGAAUGAAGAUGUGGAAAAACCUCUAAAGAAAGUUGAUCCUCAGCUCUUAAAAAUGGCAUUGACUCCUUACCCCAAACUCAAAGCUGCUCUCUUUCCCCCGUGUACUUCUCAUGGAAUUUUGCCACCUGACAUCUCUCUCUACCAUCUUGUUCAGUCAUUGGUGCCCUUUGAUCCCACUAAAUUAUUUGGCUGGCAGUCAACAAAUACUCUUGCUGUAUCAGAUGCAUCAAGUGACUUUCCUCAUUUUUCAUCCCCUGAACUGGUGAACAAAUAUGCUGUAAUGGAACGAUUGGAUUUUUUGUACUAUUUGCACCAUGGACGUCCAUCAUUUGCUUUUGGUACAUUUUUGGUCCAGCAGUUAGUAAAGAGCAAAUCCCCCAAACAGUUGAUUCAGCAAGCAGGAAAUGAAGCCUAUGUUUUAGCUCUUUCCUUCUUCAGCAUCCCUUCAGUAGGAGCAGCCUGUGUGUGCUUUCUAGAAUUGCUUGGUCUCGACAGCCUCAAACUCAGGGUCGAUAUUAAAGUCGCAAACAUAAUUUUCAGUUACAGAACUAGAAAUGAAGAAUCUCAGCACAAUCAAAUAAGAGAAUCUUUGGUUAAAAAGUUAACAAAAUUGGCUGAUGGUGAUAAAGCAGCAGCAGCAGAAGUUCUUAUCUCCUUAGAAGAAGCCUUUUGGGAUGCAGUUGAGCAUCAAGGAAUAAAGAAGACGUCUAGUGACUCUAGAAGGCAGUGGUCUUUGGUAAUGCAGUUCUGUAAACUCCAUAAACUUGGACUGAGUACAUCUUACCUGAAGGAAUGUGCCAAAUCCAACGACUGGCUGCAGUUCAUCAUCCAAACCCAGCUGUACAGCUACCAGCCAGAUGAGGUGGUUUCUAUCCUUCAAGAUUUCUCUCCUGUUUUACAAGAUCACUUGAUGUUGGCAUUGGAGAAGUUGCCAUUGUUGUGUCCUGCUGCAGGGAGUCCUGCAAACAGUGCUGCCAGCAUGUGCAAGAGCAAAUAUGCAGAUAGUCUCUUUCAAAUCCUUUUUCAGUGCCAGGGGAACUCCAACCCUUCAUCUUACCUUUUGACUGAAGGAUUGAGAGAGCACGCUCCCAUUCUGAGUGUUUUAGCAGCAUGUUUCCAAGAUGCAAACAUUAUUCAUUGUCUCUGUGUUUGGAUAAUUACUACUGUGGAUGAUAUUACCAGAGCUGAAGCAACAAACCAUAUUCAGAGCUCAGCAGAAAAUCACGAGUGGGAUCUUCAUGACCUGUCGGUUAUCUGGAAAGUCUUUUUAAGAAAGCAAAAAAGUAAAACACUUCUAAAUGGCUUCCAGCUCUUUUUAAAGGAUUCCCCUUUACUGUAUAUACUGGAGAUGUAUGAACUAUGUAUGAACUGUAAAAAAUACAAUGAAGCUAAAACCAAACUGGACAAGUUUCAAGAAAGUCUCACAAAACUUAAAACUGAAGAAGAAGCAGCAGCCUCAGAAUUACCUGUGCCAUGGUUGGAAUCACAAGCAUUGUUCCUUCUGGAAUUGAUGAUGCAGCAAUGUAGAACAGAAUAUGAAUUAGGAAAACUCUUACAGCUGUUUUCUGCAGCAGAUAACCUUCUACUCAAUGGCCCUUACGUGAAGAAACUGUGUGCACUCAGUGAGACCCUGAAGGAUUCCUCCAUAUCAAUUAAUCGCUCCAUCCUAACCAGUUACAACAUGGAGACAUUUCAGAGCGAGUGCAGAUCAAUUCUGGAGCAGCUGCAGGAGAAAGGAAUGUUCUCCCUGGCUCGGGAGGUAGCAGCACUAGCAGAAUUGCCUGUGGACAAUGUAGUUACCCAAGAGGUUCUAAGAGAUCUACAUCGUUUAAGAGACAUCGGACAGUGGCAUCAACACCAGACAAGAAUUGAAUUCUGGAAAAAAUGUAAUGACAACUUCAUGAAAAAUUCAAUCUCCAGCAAAGCUGCAUCCGAUUUUUUUUUUAAUCAGGCAAACACAGCGUUUGACUCUUCAGCUCAUGAGAAGAUAAACAGCAUUAUGGAGAGACAUUUGUUGCUUCCCCUAGCUGGCCAUUGGCUAGCCAAGAAUGACUCGGUGUCACUGGACAAAUUAGGAGAAAUAGAGAAGCAGAUCUGGAUUUGUCGCAUCGCACAGCAAACGUUAUCUACAGAUGAGGGGUCAGGCAAGACAAGAUUUUCCUCCCAUGCUGUAGUGAACAGGGAUCUUACCUUUGAUAACUUAGCUAAGGAGUUUUCUUUUUCAAAGCUACCUGCUCUGAACACACCACAGUACUUAAAACUGGAGGGUCUUGCAAUCAGAGAGUCUCCACAGACCUUGACUAAUGAUGAGGAGGAAUCACUCAAGUUUUUGAUUGGAUGCCUUCUUGAUGAAGGAAGCGUGCAUGAAGCCAGCCGCGUGUGUCAGUAUUUCCGUUUCUACAACAGAGAUGUUUCACUGGUAUUGCAUUGCAGGGCUCUGGCCUCAGGGGACACUGAUCUAGACAAAUUACACACAGAUAUUCAGACUCUCCUUGGAGCAAGAGAGAAGAGAUCUGAAAGCAGUACAUCUCAGCAAAGCAGAGCCCCGAGCACAUCAAGCUUAGAAGACUGGACACACAUUGGGGCUCCAUCUCCAGAUGAUCAGGUUGUUGUCAGUCUGAAGGCUCUCAUAGAUGAAUGUGUCCAUGGGAGAAACUACUGCAGACAGGUUCUCUGUCUGUAUGAACUUUCUAAGGAAUUGAACUGCUCCUACAGCGAAAUGUCAGCCCACGACCCGGAAAAAGUGCUUCGAGCAAUUCUGUCGUCCCGUCAGCUGGACAGGUGCAGGAAAGCUCAGGCAUUCAUCACCACGCAGGGGCUCCAGCCUGAAACUGUGGCAGAGCUAGUGGCUGAAGAAAUCACGCAGGAAUUAUUGGCAUCUUCAGAAGGGAAAGGACAGAAACAGGUUUUGAACCCUGCAGCUGACAGCCAGGCAUUCCUACAGCUUGCUAAGCUGUGCCAGGAUCAUACAUUGGUUGGCAUGAAGUUACUGGGUAGAAUUUCCUCCGUUCCACAUGGGGAACUGUCAUGCA